AUGGGGUGCUGUGUGACGCCGGACUCCUUCAGUCUUGUUUAUGAGUACUGCCAUCGGGGAUGCCUUCAGGACCUUAUCAGCAACAAAAGCUUCACAUUUGACUGGGAUUUCAAGCUUUCCCUCAUGACCGACUUUGUUCGGAUCACCGACUUUGGCAUUCCCAAAAUCUAUAACUUAACAGGCAGCUGUCCCUCAAUCAAAACUGAAGAGAAAUUAUGGACCUCUCCUGAACUGCUGCGCGAUGAGACAGCGGCUUUGUUUGGAACCAAGUCGGGAGAUGUCUAUGCAUUCGCCAUAAUAAUGCAUGAAGUCUUCUACCAGACAAAGCCAUAUGGACUAGAAGAUAUUGCAGUGGAAGAAAUUCUUAAACGGGUCAGGAGUAGAGAAAAGCCUCCUUUUCGUCCACAGGUAGGGCAAACUGAGCUAAUCAGAGCCUUUACAUGA